GUGUUCUUGUCAUUUUCUCUCGGUUCUGAAAGCUGUUCUAAUACAGUCAUAUGCAACCAACUUUUACGUAUCAGAGAAAUGUUAGUCAAUUCUGAUCACCCUGAAGAACACAUGCAAACGCUUUAUCAAAGAAUUGUUAACGCCUUUUUGGAUGUUUUGUUAUGUUGUGUAUCCUGUGACAGUUGCGAUCUAGGCUGUCCAGAUUGCGACUGUGAAGAUCCAACAGUUGAAAUUGCAUAUGCUGAUAUUGACAUACCAAAAGAAACUCAUUUUUUACUCCUGAACUCUCUACCCUGGAUCCCUAGUAUCUGCGAAGUGUUAGGAUUAGGUGAGUUUGAGCUUCCGGAUUAUUAUGAUAUUCCAAAUACGUUUACGCAAGGUUCUCUCAGUAGUGUUUUCCAUGCAUUCAGUGGUACCUACUUAAAAAGUAGCUAUGAAUUGGAUGAGUCUGGUUUUUUUAUGCCAGACAAAAUAUAUCACUUUACACAACGCAAUACAUGCGCUCAGGAAAAUGUGAAAUUAUUACUUAAAAGUCAUCGUAGCUUGUUUAAUCAUCUCUGUGAAUAUCUUCGUGCCGGCCCGAUUCCAAUCUCGGUUUUGAUUCAUCAUGUGAUGCUAUUUCAGUUUUACCCACCAGAAAUUCAAGAAUCUCUUUGGAUUGCUGUCGAGCAUUAUCUCUCAAAUUAUGACUUUGCUCAUACUAAACUACUAAAGCUUGCUUUACAAAACAGACUAGGAUGUAUACGCAUGUAUCUUAUUAACCCGAAUGAUAUUUAUGCUCUCAAAGCAAAGAAUAAUUGGGUUGCCGUUACACGUUCAAAUUUCCUAAGCUAUCUCCAGCUUCGGUUACCGUUAUGCGAGAGCAGUCUUCCAUAUGAUUUAUGCGGUUUUGAAGCAAUGCUGCAUUCUGCUUCCUCUGAAGCUGACAUUGGCUGGUUAUCUAUGAUGCAUUGUAUAGGAAAUAACGGUCAUGCUUUUCCUAUUCAUAUGUAUAUGAACACAAAGGAUGCAGUUUUUGAAGGAAAGGUCCCAGAAUCCGCUCUUUUUCUGUAUAAUACUGAUGCUGUUCUAUUUAAAAAAGAUUCUUUUAUUCGAGGGUUUUACGACUUUUGCAACCAAUUACUCUUGGACUUGUGCAAAUGUCGACAAUACUACACAGAAAAAGAUCUGGAUGAUUAUAUCUCAAUUCAUCCUCUGCGUAACCAAAAAACAAUCGCGUACCCUGAGUCUAUUUUCGACGGUUCCAACAGUAGCACUUUGAAACAAAGCAGGACGCAUUUAACUUCUUCAGAUUCUACCAAGGACUCAUCUGAGGAUCAUACUCCAAAAUUAAAAUCGUUAACAUACCAUGCGUCUCAUAGUAGUUAACUUUUUAUUCAUCAAACGUGUUUGCGGCACUUUUUAUAUGAAAUUAAUAUUAGACUUACACUAUGAAUAAAACACAAAAAGUAAAACUCUGUUGAAAUUUUUUAAUACUAAAUACAUAUGAAAUCGGUGAAUUUCAUAUCGAUGAAAUCUCAGCUAAAC